AUGAUCUUCAUCGCCGACAAAGACGCUGCGCAGGAGAUCCUAGAGAAGAAGUCGGCGGUCUCGUCCGGCCGCCCCAUCAUGCCGUUUGCAAACUACUGUGGCUUCGCAAAAUUCACCAACAUGUACCAGCUAGAGAAGAGGUUCACGGCGCAGCGAAAGGCUAUGCAUAAGGCCAUCGGCACCAAGGCUAUGGUGACAAAGUAUGCCGAGAUGCAGGAGCGGGAGGCGGGACGGCUGUUGGUGAGGACGCUGGAUGAAUGUGAUAAAAUUGUCAAGCACUUCGAGACUGAAGCCGGCGCGGUCAUCCUCAAGAUCGUCUACGGCUACACCAUCAACCCCCGCGGCCCCGACCCCCUGGUCAUCCUGAUCGACCGCAUGAUGGCCAACUUCUCCCGCGCCUGCGUCCCGUUCGCGCGGCUCGUCGACUUCAUCCCCGCCCUCAAGUGGCUUCCCGACGGCUUCCCCGGUACGGGCUUCAAGGCCGAGGCGGCGCAGUACGGCAGAGAGAUUCGCGCCGUCGUCAACGAGCCGUACAAGUUUGCCAGGAAGCAGCUGGCCGAGCACAACUUCACGGGGUCAUACGUGACGAGGCUUGUGCAGGAGUAUGCUGGUGAUGAGGGCGAGUUGAGCGAGGAGGAUGCGUACACCAUCAAGUGGUCUGCUGCGACAUUGUACGCGGGGGGCGCGGACACGACCGUCUCUGUCCUCAUCAGCUUCAUCCUAGCCAUGACCAUGUUUCCCGAGGUCCAACGAAAGGCCCAAGAGGAAGUCGACAGAGUCACCGGCGGCACUCGCCUCCCCGUCCUCGCCGACAGAGAACAGAUGCCCUACGUCGAAGCCAUGGUAUCCGAAGCCCUCCGAUGGUGCUAUAUCCUCCCAAUGGGCGUCCCCCACGCCUUGUCGGAAGACAUGACCUACAAGGGCUACGAUCUGCCGAAGGGGGCAUACAUCCUCCCGGCCCUCUGGGACUUCUUACACGACGCCUCCGUCUACACCAAUCCGGACGACUUCGCCCCCGAGCGCUUCCUCGCGCCGCGAAACGAGCCCGACCCGCGAUGGGCCGCCUUUGGCUUUGGCAGACGGAUUUGUCCGGGGCGAUUCCUCGCCGACUCUUCGCUAUUCCUCAACCUGGCGUCUCUCGUGGCCGUCUUCAACAUUGACAAGGAGAUUGAUGAAAAGGGCAACGUGAUGGAACCUAAGCUGGAAUUUGAGGCGGGCCUGAUUGCGAAGCCAAAGGCUUUUCCGUUCAAGAUCACGCCGAGGAGCGAGAGGCAUGCGGAGCUGAUUAGGGGGUUUGAGAGGGAGCAUCCGUGGGAGGAGAGCAAUGCGGCGCAGUUGGGAGAGUUGCCGCUUCCAUCUCAUUUGUCUCAUUAA